AUGGGCAUAGAGGUCUUGUUGUUGAUGAUAUUAGCGCAGCCGAGGAUUCCAAACCCGAUUUCGGUUUCGGUUGCCAUUUUUGAUUUUGUGGUGGGAAGUAUGGAGGAGGGGAUUUACAGAGAGUGGAAGCCGAUAGUGUUUGAUGGUAUUGACUAUUUCUUGUCUGGUGUGGGUGAUGAAUCAUCCUCCCAACAUCCAAUUCGUGUAUCGACCUUUUCGCUAACAUGUGGCUAUAUUUGGAUUUGCCUGCUCAAAUCUUUGGAAACUACCAAGGGAAAGAAAUCGUUUCUGGGUUUCGCCGCCGAUUUCCGAUCUCGGUUGGAACCUCCACUUCCGGCAACAUACUUUGGGAAUUGCAUAUCAGGCAGCGUGGUGGCCGCUGACAAAGAAAGCUUAUUAGGGGAAAAUGGACUAAGCUCUGCAGUUGCAGCAAUCAGUGAAGAAAUAAGGAAAUUGGAUGAAAAUGGACUUUUCAAAGGGCAACCAACCACCAGCAGCAGCGAUGCAGAGAAUCAUGAAAUUCAGGUCACUUUCAGUCUAGCCGGGUCGCACCGGUUCAAUGUUUACGGUGUUGAUUUUGGGUGGGAAAAGCCAAGGAAGGUAAUGAUGGCUUCGCUGAGUAUGGCAGAGACUAUUGGUAUUUCUGAUAGCAAAACUUCCAAAGGAGGAGUUCAGAUUGAAUUGGUUCUUCCGAAGCAAGAAAUGGAAAUUUUUGCUUCUUUGUUUGCCAAAGGUCUCGAAGCUCUUUGA